AUGUCCAAUUAAAUUAAACACAAAUCACAGCUCCUUUUCCUUCACACACACCUCACGGCAGAAAUGGUGAAGGGAAAUCCAUAAAACCCUAUUUUUAAUUUCCUCUAAUUUCUAGCCAAAAAGGGCUCCCUGAAAUGUAUGUGAGAUUCAAGCGUCUGAUCAUUGGCGGAGAGAUUGUUGUAGAAGAGAGUGAGUGGGAAAAGGAGAGAUAAAUAAAGAACAAGAAUCAUUCAAGAUUCAACCAGCCACCAUAAAUUCAUGCAGUUUCCGUUAAGCAUUAAUUCCGGCGUGUAUAUAUACAAAUAUUGGUUUUAGCCGUUAGUUUUCUCUUCUCUACCAACAGAGAUCUUCAAUGGAGAACUGUUCAAAGCCAAAACAAGCAAUAGCAACAGCUGUGUUGAAAGCAACUGAGCUCGCAUUUGCAAAAUGCGAGUGUUGUGGCCUCACAGAGGAAUGCACGGAGGAAUACAUAAAGCGCGUUUGUGAGCGAUUUUCGGGGCGUUGGAUUUGCGGGCUCUGCUCUGAAGCAGUGAAGGAUGAGGUGAUGAGAUCAGGGAAAGGGAUUGGGAAUGAAGAAGCUCUGAAUCAGCACAUGAGUUUCUGCAGGAAAUUCAAGAAUCUGAGCCCUCCAAAGAGUCCAAGUGAUGAUGAGCUCAUCUCUGCUGUCAAGCACCUGCUGCUCAAGAGCUUGGAUUCGCCCCGAUCCAGCCCGGUCAAGAGCCGGGGUAUGAUCCGGUUGGAGAGCUGUUUAUCUGCUCUUGAUUCUUGAGGAAGGUAGAAAUUGGUUGCUUGAUUUGUUCUUGAAUUUGGAGACUGGCUGCUAUUGCAAAAUGUUUGAGAUAUGUUAGGAUUUCAGCUAAGUUUAGUUGUUUGUAGUUGGUUGAACAAUGUUUUCAUUCCAUUUGUUUCAAGUUAAUUGAACUGACUGAUUCAUUUGCAAAUCUGUUUUGUGCUCCA